AUGGAAAUGAUGAUCAUGAUACUUCUCUUAUGCUCAAUAAUUUUCAUGACCAUUCUAUUCUUCAAAAAACAGUCGAGUGAGAAGAAACACAACACACCUCCGUCACCACCAAGAUUUCCGUUAAUUGGAAACCUUCAUCAGCUUGGCAGUCACCCUCACCGAUCACUAUGCUCUCUCAGCCACCGUUACGGUCCUCUCAUGCUCCUUCACUUUGGUCAUGUCCCCGUUCUUGUAGUCUCUUCCGCGGACAUGGCUCAAGAAGUUUUGAAGACGCACGACCGCGUUUUUGCUAGCCGUCCUCGGUCUAAAAUCUUUAAUAAGAUUUUUUAUGACGGGAGAGAUGUGGCCUUGGCUCCUUAUGGAGAGUAUUGGAGGCAAAUGAAAAGUGUGUGCGUCCUCCAGCUCUUCAGCAAUAAAAUGGUGCGGUCUUUUCGAGAUGUGAGACAAGAAGAGAUCAGCCUGAUGAUUGAGAAAAUCCGGAUAUCGAGUUCUUUGCGGAUUAAUCUAAGCGAGAUCUUAGCAAAUCUAACAAACAAUGUAAUAUGUAGAGUUGCUUUGGGAAGGAAAUACCACGGUAAAACAGAUUUUAAGGAGCUAAUGAAGAGGCUUACAAGGCUAUUGGGCGAGUUUAGUGUCGGGAGCUAUGUAUCAUGGCUUGCAUGGAUUGACUGGAUCCGCGGUUUGGAUGGUCAGCUUAUAAAGUUAAGCAACGAUCUUGAUGAAUUCUUGGAGAGAGUUGUCCAAGAUCAUGUAGAUGGGGAUGGACAUGACCAUAGGACUGAUUUUGUUGAUGUACUGCUCACAAUUCAGAGAGAGAAGAGCGUGGGGUUUGAAAUUGACCGGUUAAGCAUAAAAGCAAUUAUCUUGGAUGUUUUUGUGGGUGGUACGGACACAACAUACGCUCUUUUGGAAUGGGCAAUGACAGAGCUUCUACAUCACCCAGAGUGUUUGGAAAGACUUCAAGAAGAAGUCCGUACGAUUUGUAAGGGCAAAUCACGUGUAUCAGAAGAAGACAUUCAAGAAAUGAAAUAUUUAAAAGCUGUGAUCAAAGAGACACUGAGACUACAUCCUCCACUUCCAUUGAUGGUUCCUCACGAAUCAACACAAGAUGUCAAACUAAGAGAUUACCACAUACCCGCGGGUACACAGGUAAUGAUCAAUGCUUGGGCGAUCGGGAGAGAGGCUGCAACAUGGGGACCAGACGCGGAGGAGUUUAAACCAGAGAGACACUUAAACUCGUCUGUUGAUUUCCGAGGUCAAGAUACGGAGUUGGUUCCAUUUGGAACAGGGAGAAGGAUUUGCCCAGCAAUAUCAUUUGCUGUGGUCUUGGAUGAGGUGGUUUUGGCUAACUUAGUUCAUCAGUUUGAUUGGAGACUACCUGUCGAAUCUACAGAAUAUCAUACUGAUGUAGCUGAAUCAAUUGGUCUUGCGGUUCACCGCAUGUUCCCACUAUACUCCAUUGCAUCAUCUACUACUUGACUUAGGUGUUUUUUUUUUUUUUUGGUGAAUGGUGUGAAAUAUAUUUGGGCGUUGCAUAUAUAUGCCUUGUUAGAAGUGUAUAAGAAGAUUUAAGUUCAAAUGAAUUUUAAUUAUUUUGUGAUGCUACGAUUUGAAGGAAA